GGGAGGGGUUGGAUGAUGAAGGGGAUAAAGACUGGGUUAUUAAGGUUGCUGAGGAGCUUGUUAAUAGUGAAGUUUUUGGGGAUAAUGUUGUCAAUUAUCUUUAUACGAUUCGGAUGGCAGAAUGGCUAUGAGUUUGGCAGGCUUUUAAGUAGGGCAGUGUUAUAUGCAUUCAGGAGGAUCACGGCAGUGGGGUUUAAAGGAAAAUGAGAUACAGCGGUUCGACUUUAUGGUUGGUCACAAGCAAUUAUUGCUUCUCCUCUUCUCCUUCAUAUUGCGCCAGACUAUAUAUUUUGAAUGACGUCUCGGUUAUGGCAGCUGAUGGAUUAGCCUUUGGCGCCGUCAAGGCAAAUUGCUCCAGCCUUAUAGCGGCCUCAAGAUGGAAGGCGAAGCGGAACUCCGCAGUCUACCAGAGUUCUGCUCUGGCUAGUCAGUAUCACCUUUGCCAUGGCCUAGCAGUUUAGAGGGUAUAACCCCGAAUGCUCAGUUCAAUCGAACGU